AGAAAGUUUGGAUCGGUUGUUGGAUCGAUGAUAAUACGCGUAUCGGUUUCGUUGUUGCGCGUGAUCUGUGACUGGUAUUAGGAUGAGGGACGUGAUCUUUUAUAAAAUCUUGACCUAGAGGGGGAAUAGAAGUGCGGUCGAAGCACGGUGGAGACGGAUCAUCGGAUCGAAUCGUGUGAGUUGGCCGAUAUUGAUGAUCCGCGUUUCGAUGGAAGGUGGUGGUCCGGAAGGGUCUUCUGGAGAACGUUCCCGGUGGAUGCUGAUCGACGGUGUGGCCGAUAAAUCGGUUUUAGAUCCGAGCGGGCGUGCGUGCGCGGUGGGGGGGCGACGUUUCUGUGGAUCGUUUCGCGAGUGGAAGGACGAGGUUGAGAGUUCGGGGGAGGAGAGGAGGGACUCUGUUGGUGUGUCUGUUCGUUGCGGAUGCGGAUCUUACGCGAGUCGUGAUUGUGACAACGAGUUGGCCAAUUUGCAGCCGAGAAUGCUGGUGCUUGUUAAAAGGAGCAGGGAAACGGGUUUCAAUCUUGCGACGAGGAUGGCGGCCGUCUUUGUUAUCGCGUGCCUCCUGCUGAUGGACACUCGGCCGACGUCUGCUGCCUUUAACAAUGUUACAGUCGUUUCAGUUACCACCGUCCCGGAUCCUGAGUUCGUUGAUGAAAUAGGAAAUAUCACAGUCCCAGCAGGACGUAACGUGAAAUUAGCCUGCAGUGUUAAGGAUUUGGGACCGUACAAGGUGGCCUGGAUGCUUUUCGACAAGAGCGCCAUCCUGACAGUACAAAGUCACGUUAUUACCAGGAACCCUAGGAUAUCCGUGACCCAUGAUAAGCAUAGAACCUGGUUCCUACAUAUCAAAGAUGUUCGGGAGGAUGACAAGGGAAAGUACAUGUGCCAGAUUAAUACGGCAACCGCGAAAACCCAGUAUGGCUAUCUGCACGUCGUAGUGCCUCCUAAUAUAGAGGAUUACCAGACCUCGUCAGACGUCAUUGUGCGAGAAGGCGCGAACGUGACAUUAACGUGCAAAGCGACGGGAAGCCCUAAACCGAGCAUAAGUUGGAAAAGAGACGAUGGCUCGAUGAUUUCAAUUAACAAGACUUAUUCCGUGAUAGAAUGGGAAGGCGAGAUGCUGGAAAUCACACGUAUCUCGAGACUGGACAUGGGCGUUUAUUUAUGCAUCGCGACAAAUGGCGUCCCUCCUACUGUUAGCAAGCAGAUCAGAGUCUCGGUUGAUUUCCCCCCUAUGCUCUGGAUACCGCACCAAUUGGUCGGUGCACCCUUGGACCACUCAGUCACGUUGGAAUGCUACACCGAGGCUCAUCCAACUUCUUUGAAUUACUGGACCAGGGAGGAUGGCCUGAUGAUUCAGGGUAGCAACAAAUACAAGACCACUUCCACACCGGAGAAACCCUCGUACAAGACGCAUAUGACAUUAACGAUACACGAUCUGCAGGAGGAGGAUUACGGUAGCUACAAGUGCGUCGCGAAAAACCCACGUGGGGAGACAGACGGCACCAUUCGCCUGUACAAUUCAGAUGGAAUAAAUAAUUGUAAAAAUAAUCCAGCAAAAAAAAAGAAAGAAAUAAGAA